UAAUGACGCUGAUGGUGAUGAUGAUGAAGCUGAUGAUGAUGGUGAUGAAGAUGCAGUGAGUCAGAGCGGAGGUUCCGGUGCUCACCGCCUCUCCGGUGCAGAGCAUCCCGGCGCACAGAGAGAGAGGAGCCGCAGAGACUCGGUGAUUCUUCCAGAGCAGCAGGUGGACUCCAUCUCCCAGAAUGCCUGAGCAGAGUAACGACUACCAGGUGGUGGUGUUUGGAGCCGGUGGCGUGGGGAAGAGCUCGCUGGUCCUUCGAUUUGUUAAAGGCACCUUCAGAGACACCUACAUUCCCACUGUGGAGGACACGUACAGACAGGUCAUCAGCUGUGAUAAGAGCGUCUGCACGCUGCAGAUCACCGACACAACAGGAAGUCAUCAGUUUCCCGCCAUGCAGCGCCUGUCCAUUUCCAAAGGCCACGCCUUCAUCCUGGUCUACGCCAUCACCAGCCGCCAAUCACUGGAGGAGCUGAAACCGAUCUACCAGCAGGUCGUGGCCAUCAAGGGCAGCGUGGAGUCCAUUCCCAUCAUGCUGGUGGGCAACAAGAGCGAUGAGAUGGCCCAGCGGGAGGUGGAGAUAAAGCAGGGCGAGGCUCAGGCCGCCGCCUGGAAGUGUGCCUUCAUGGAGACGUCAGCCAAGAUGAACUCCAACGUGAAGGAACUGUUCCAGGAGCUGCUGACGCUGGAGAAGAAGAGGGACAUGAGUCUGAGCAUCGAUGGGAAACGGUCGGGGAAACAGAAGCGAGCUGACAAGCUGAAGGGGAAGUGCAGCGUCAUGUAGAGCGACGGCAGGAGACCCCCCCAACAGCUCUUCUUCUUCUUCUUCUUCUUCUUCUUCUUCUUCUUCUUCUUCUUCUUCUUCUUCGUUGGUGUCACAGCACUGAAGCCCAGAGGAACAAAGUGAUAAGAAUCGAACUGGAACAUUUCUCCCGGGGUUCUCAACUGGGAUUGUGGCCCCAAAAUAUAGUUUUACAUGUUGAGCUCCUGCCUCUAGCGGCACCGUAAUAAAGGAACAUUCUACCUGAGUGUAACUCACCUGAUCUAAUGUCAAAACACUAAGUCCUGUUUGACGGGAGGGGAGGGUGUGUUUGUUCUGU